CGUGUCUCGCAAAAUCUUUAGUAGCAAAGAAAUCAUUGAACGAUGAAGUUGUUUGUGCUAGUGUUCGCCGUUUUGGUCGCGUCAUCAGUUGCUGAUGAAUUUAACAACAGUGAUAUCGACUGGAGCACAGUGAGACCAGUUGCUUAUUAUCCGAAAUUCUGGGACAAUAAAGCUCCCGAGCUCCGUCCAUCGGCCAAAUUCUUUGAAAACUAUGAACGCCAGGCUCAAAACUCUCAAGGACGCAUCGUUGGCGGUCAAAUUGCUCAGCCACAUCAAUUCCCAUAUCAAGCAGCUUUGUUGACUUUCCUCCCGGACGUAGGAGGUCAAGGCUUUUGCGGUGGUUCUCUAAUCGGAACACGGACCGUCUUGACAGCCGCCCACUGUGUCGAUGGUGGUACUUCAGGUACUGCUAUUUUCGGAGCUCAUUUCUGGCGUGAUGUGGCCGAACCGAAUCAACGACGCAUUGAAUACACCGGCGCUCACAUUUUGUUGCAUCCAAACUGGAAUUCACUGUUGAUUCAAAACGACGUUGCUGUUGUUCAAUUGCCAAGUGUUGUACCACAGAUUCCAUCAGUUAUUCGUGCUGCCAUUCUGCCAACCACUGCCGAUAUGAACUAUGACUUUGCCGGUGAAGAUGCUGUUGCAUCCGGUUGGGGAGUUUAUUCACAAGCGAAUCCAGUUGUGUCCGAAGUGUUGAGAUAUGUUUACGAUAAUGUUCUGACCGUGCAACAAUGCGCUAUUUCUAGUAUUGGUACAGCUAACGCAAAUAAUAUUUGCAUGACUGGAACUCAGAAUAGAGGUGUCUGCCAGGGUGACAGUGGCGGUCCACUCACUGUUCGCAGAGGUGGUGAAUCUAUGCAUGUUGGAAUUGCCAGCUUUGUCAUUGCUAGUUGCCACAAUACUCUGCCAUCCGUAUUCGUUCGCACCACCAGUUUUCUACCUUGGAUCGCUGCUAACACGGUUUAAGCUCUUACAAAACGUGUCCAAUAAAAAAUAAAAAAA